CUGCAAAGCACACGACAAGAAAAAAAGCAAAAACAAAUAUGGAGAACUCUUCUCCAAACCAAUCUUCCGAAGGCCCUGCUGGCUUUAGCGACAGCGACAUGAGUGCCGAUGAAAGCUUCUCGGUGGAUAAGAACAGGAUCUCUUCGUUGCUGCAAGAAAAACGAGUUUUAACAGUCGAACUCGAAACAUUUAAACUGAAAUGCAAGCAAUUAAUCGAGGAAAACAAAGCCCUUCGCAAAGCAAGCGUGAAUAUAGUAAGUAUUCGUUGGCGUUUUAAGGGUUUUAAACCUUACAAUAGCUUCACAAUACAUUGAAUGUUCAAUGCUCAAAUUGCCUCGAUGAUCGGAUAUAUUUUCCCAAAGGAAUCGUUAAAGUUUCGUGAAGAUCACGCCAUAUGCAGAAUAUUGGAAUAUGUUAUAACGCUGUUUACACAACAUUAUGUUUCAAAUAUUUGCAAAUCAGCAGUUUUUAGAAGACACAAACACCGCUAGCGUGUAGCGAUAGUGUAUGUUCUUGCUCAAAUUAGGUUUGGUUCGGGGUAUGGGCUAAAAAAACGGCAUUUAAUAACGGUGUUUCAUCAUCAAUCUGUAGCCGAAUCAAAAGGGGUCUCGAAACAAUGCUUUGAAGAUUGACAAAUACUUGAGGCAGAUAUGCAUAACAAUGAGAUAAAGGAGGCUGUUCAUAUGUUAUAAUCACUGAAUACACAUGCUAUGAAAAACACUAUCAAGUACUGAAUUUAAUAUAUCCUAUCAAAAACAUGCCAUCAGACUCUUGCAUUAUUUGGGUACAAAGUAGGCCAAUUUAUUUUGUUUGUCUGCAUAGACAGAUUUUAAGUUGAAUCCCAGAGUUUUCAUCUACUUAUAUGUCCAUUGUACUGAAUGGAAGGCAAAACAUCUUCAUUUGCGAUUUUGGUGUCUAUGAUAGCAGUCGAGGAGGGGGAGGGGAUAUAUAGAACACCCACGUUCCCAUUCCUCUUAGGAGUUUCAAAAAACGUUAGGUUGAUACCCAGCUAACUUGUUUAAGGUACAUUUACCCGCUACAAUUUAUCAUGUACAAUUCAUAUUCUGAUGUAUGAAAAUUACUGCUGCCAUUACAAAUCCUGCUCGUUUGGUUUAUGGCGAAAUUUGAAAUACAACCACUUUAAUUAAGCAUGCUUAUUCGAUUAAAUAUGCCAGAAUAUGAAUGGCCUUGUGUUCAAGAUGUUUCGUUAUUUUUUAGGCAGUUGGGUACAUCAACGAACUUUGGAAAAUAGUUCCAAAACAGGCCUAAUUUUGUAUUGUUUUUGCCUUCAUCUCAGAGACUCAGACUUUGACCAGACAACAAUAUAAUAUUGGAACUCUAAUAUGUUAUAAAUAAUAAAUGCACUAUUGCCAUUAGCACUAAUAGGGCUUUACUCUUUCUAAACAUCUGUGUAUUGAUUAUAAUAACCCAUUUAACAACAAUAAUAUAGUUGGAUUCGUCAUCCUAAUGGCUAUUAAAACAUGCUAUUGGCAUAGCAUGUGUCCAUAAGAUUUCAUUGGCAAAUGUACAGGAAUCCAAUCUUAAAUUAAAGUGGGUUGGAAUAUAUGUGUAGGCUGUUUGUAUACAUAGUUUGACAUUUUAUUCCAUUGUAUUAUUUUGAUAUAUUUUUCUUUCACGCUAUUGCCUUUGUGGUUUUGCUAUAAAAGCAGCAUGUUUAUUCAGCCUGGCGAUAGGUGUAACAGGACACAAGGGCAAUUGCCCCCUCCCCCAAAAUUCCAUAGCCCCCAAGGAUACAUAUUUAUUUCCACUAAUAGCAAGUCAAAGCAGAGCAAGAAGAGGAAUUUAUAUCUAAUACGUUGAUGAAAAAGAUUCAAUCGUUAAAGAAAGAAAAAGAAUCGUUAGCUAUGAAUUAUGAGCAGGAAGAAGAAUUUCUGACCAACGACUUGUCCAGAAAACUGAUGCAAGUAAGUUCAAAACAAGGAUUUCAUGUCAAGUCUUUUAGCAUUUAACGGAUACCAGCGCUGCAAAUAAUUACAGAAACUUGAUGGUCAUGAUGUUGGUCAAGUAAAAAAUUCUGCCGGUCAAACAUUAGUUACUAUUCACCAGAAAAAAACAACAUUUUCGUGUAAUUUAAUUAAUUUUGGAGCUGAGCACAAAGGCUUCAUCUUGAAAUCUUGGACAUGUUUAAUAAAAUUGCACGGUGUUUUAUGUUUUGAAAGUUAGUCAAGUGCACUGCCAAUGUGAAAAUGAAAUUCUGAGCACAUGUAAAUCACAAUAUCUCAAUAUUGGGAUACAAAGGGCAGGCACAAACUACUCGAGCCAUGAAAUAAACAAUUUGACAUGAUCAAACCUUUGAGAGGCAAUGCACCCAGAUGCCCCCUACUUUAUUAUUUUACUCUGCCUAACGCCAGACGAUUUUACUCGUCAGGGGGAGAGUGCUGCCACUCAAUGAGUUAAUCAGACUAUCUGCCUAUGCACCCUGUUAAUCCUUUAAGUGACAAUGUGCGGAUGUGCCCAGAUGCGCUCUACUUUUCAGACGAUUUUACACGUCAGGGGGGAGAGUGCUGCUGCUCUGUGGGUUAAAUAUGGUGGUUAUUAUGAAAAUAGAUGUUUAAAACGUUUUUGUUUAGUUAAGACAAGAGAAAUUUCAGCUGGAACAGACACUCGAACAAGAGCAGGAAUUUCAAGUGAACACACUGAUGAGGAAGAUUGAAAGAUUAGAAGCCGAUGUUGUCUCAAAGCAAAGCUGUCUUGAACAGGUGGGUGGUAGGGUUGGUUUUUCAAAACAAUGGAUACAGAGCUCACAAUUAAUAAAGUUUCAUCUUUAAUUUAUAAAUACUAAAGUACAGUCUGGGUUGUAGCAAUCAACAGCCAUGUUUCGAAAGCUUGAAAAACCAGAUUUUUCGUACAAACAACCUCAGGAAUUGAGAUUGCAACUGGAUAUAGACAGAUAUUUGAAUUUGGAUAUUUGAAAUGAGUAGCUUAGUCUCUCGGAUUCUUUCUCUGCUGUAGUUAAGAAAAGAGAAAGUAGACCUUGAGAACACCUUGGAACAAGAACAGGAAUCUCUUGUCAACAGGCUGUGGAAGAAAAUGGAAAGACUGGAAUCCCAGAAAAGGUAGCAGUUCCUUGGUACAUGUCUUCUGCCACAGUUGGCAGAUUUCACUUGAUGGACUCUCACACAUUCAAAAUUAUUUUAUUUCAAAUAUGUUAUAAAAGACAUCUUCAAGAGAGGUUAGAAGAGCCUGUGUCAGAGCCCCCAUCUCCCAAAGAUCUUGAUGACCCCAAUGACCUCACCAUCAAGACCAUGACGUCGAAAAUCAGAUCCCUCAGAGAUGAAGUGCGAAGAUUGAGAAGCCAACUGAUUGCAUCUGAGAAAGAGCGUAAGUAUGACAUGUUCGAGCGUUGGAUUGUUCAAAAUAUGGAAAAAUAAUAAAAAUGUUUUAGAACUAUACUCUAUUACUAGUUGGAAAUAAUUGUAAAAACAUAUAUCCAGGGUUCAUACAUGUCAGAGACAGAGAGAGUCCAAUUCAAGGACUUUCCAAGGAUAUUCAAGGCCAUGUAUCAGCAAAUUCAAGGACUAAAUACUGAAGAGGAGAAGGCGUUAGAAAUCAGUGUCACGUUCAUUUGUUCAAAACGCAACUUUAAUGUAUUUCAAACAGCUUUGUCAGAUAUGAGCGUGCAGAAUCAAUUCAACAAUAUGUCCGUUUUUGAAUGUCAAACAAUUUCAGAAAAUAGCCAUAAACUAAAGCAAGACUUUCUUCUGUUUAAAGUUCUGUUCACAAGUACUUCUUUACAAAUUCCAAGACAUUCAAGGCCUUGUCCUUGAAUUUUUAUUUUCAAAUUUAAGGACAUUCAAGGCCAAGGCCUUUCAGGUUUUGUAUACGAACCCUGUAUAUAUGUAAAACGACGGAGAGAACUGCCCAUCCUUACAGAAUACAGGGACAUUCCAAGCUCUGGAUUAAAAUUUGGGCCGAAAAUGGUAACAAUUUCCGCACGCAAUACCAAAGUAUACAAAAUUUGCAAACUUUGCAAGGCUAGAUUUUCUGCAUUUUACAACAUUUCGCAACCAAACUUUGCAAUUUUACUCAUAUUAGUAUGCUCUUUCUAGCCGUGGUGAUUUAUUUGCAUCUCCUUGCCUAGUUUUAAAAUUAGUCUCUAAUGGGAAUCGUCUAUUGACAAACUGUUGUUUCCUAUACAGAUGUAGAAAGGAUGGCCGCACUUGAAAAAGAGGAACGUCAAUUCAAGGAGGAAAAUAUUCGUCUUCAACGACGACUUCUGUUGGAGCAGGAGAGGAGAGAGAACUUAGGAAGACAAUUGUCUGAAAGCGAGUCCAGUUUGGAAAUGGAGGAUGAAAGGUAUCGAGGGAAAAUCCUAACCUUAGCAGACUUCAGUGACAGACCAACCCACUUUGCUUGGAUGUCAUCAGACACUAAUUAUUUGUAGAUCUCAAAAGAGAAAAGCUGUACAGUACUUUGCAUUGUAAUUAUUUCACUUGAAUACGAAAUUUGAGUAAAUAUUAGUUAAUACCUCAACAGCAUUACAAAGAUGAAAGGAAUUUUAGAUGACAAAUCGUAGUUUAUAUAGUGUAUUCUAACUAAGUAAUAACUUUCUUUGCACAUGUAACAGAAUAGUAAGAGAUUGUGUUUUGGUUUUGCAAGAAUAAGGGAGAAACUAUUCAAAUUAAUGUGAAUGUCCGUUUCAGAGCAAUCAUUAGACAGCCGUAUUGGCGUUUUGCUUGGAAAAUUGGCGAUAGCCGACUGUUAUAUAUUGAACACUGAAGCUUUAGCAGCCAUUAUUUUCUUAAUUAUGAAGUUUAUCAACUGUAUAUUUCUAUUUAGACAUUUUAACGAGUACAGCACAACACAGUAUGGACAUCGUGAACGAACAAGAUCGUUGUCGCCAGGUCAGUAAGCAAUAAACAUUCUGAAUACUGAGAACAGGGCCAGUUCGUGCUUUGAUUCACUGAAGUCCGAAGAUUUGAGGUGUUCAAAGCCUAAAAUCGUUUUGGCGUUCCUCUCAAAGUUACUUUGUUUUAGCUUUAUUUUGUAGUUUACACAGUUAACAACCUGUUAAAUGUAUCUGGCGGUUGAAAAACCCAAAAUAAUAUUUAGUUAAAUAUUGUCAAAUACAGUUAUCAUUAAUUGAUGCUGCAAAAUUGACGCCAUAUUUAUACAGCAAUAUAAACAGACCCCACUGAACUUCAGACAUCAUUUUCUCUUUGGCAUACCAUCUAAAAUCUCUUCAUUUUAGCGAAAUUUUACAGAUAAAGCACAACGGCAUACUUGUCGCUUGAGAAACAUAAAAAAAAUAAAAAUUUGAAUAUAUCCAUAACCAAGUCAUAAAAAGUAUUUUCAUUAGUAUUGACCAUUUCUUCAUAGAUUCUCUGAACUAUUAAACGAUUUGUUUUUGUGGAAUAGCACAUAGUAUUUAGUGACUAUAGCCAUAGACAAUCCAGAAGACAUGUCUUCUGGAUUGUCUAUGCUCUGGCAUACCUUAAUGUCUUAGUUGGUUAUUUAGCCUUUGGCUUCUCUUCAUCAUCACCUCGUUCCAGUCUCCACUCGUCCACCAGCAGUCUGACAUCACAGAGCCUGCCAACCAUGGGAACUUCUCCACCAACAGGGGUAAGAUAAUUAUACUUCACGUAAUGAGAUAGUCAAUACAGUCUUCACAACAAAUCUGCUGUGGUUGUCAGUCCAGAAUUUUGGAAUUUAGCAACAAAAGUUUAUUGCUACAUCACUGUCAUUGCCCUUUAACGAAUUAGCGAUGUAGUACAAAAGGAUUACUUUCGUACUUUAGAAAACGAUUGUGUGAAACUAGCAACAAGCAUAGUACAGCACAGCACAAGUACCAUACAGUACAGUACAGUACAGUACCAUACCAUACAGCGCAGUACAAGUACCAUACAACAGUACAGUACCAUACAGUACAGUACCAUACAGUACAAUACCAUACAGUACAGUACAGUACCAUACAGCACAGUACCAUACAGUACAGUACCAUACAGUACAGUACCAUACAGUAUAUAUAGUACCAUACAGCACAGUACCAUACAGUAUAGUACCAUACAGUAUAGUAAUGCAGUUUUGUACAGUACAGUCAAACAUAACGCAAUAGAAUAGUUUGAUUAGUUUCCCGUAAAGAAAUUUUUCCUAGCCGAUCCAGACUUUGAAGGUGUCCAAACGUAAAGCCAUCAGAUUAUCUUAUUGCCAACGACUCGACUUGUCAGCCAAGAAUCUAAGCUGUAGUACAUCUGCUUCUGAAUGCAUCAUGCCUAUUAUUGUGUAACAUUUGCGCAUGUUUUCUUUUCUGUAGAGACACAUCAAACAUGUGAGUCCUAAACCAAGCAAGCCCGCAAGUGGUGCUGGGCCAGGCUCAUCAAGCACAACAGUAUAACUGUUGAGGAACCCUUCCCCUGAGAGAUGGCGCGUGUGUGUGUGGAAUAUAGGCCAAUGAUUGGCACACGCUCUUGUAAAAGUUGCACGCACUUACAGAAGAUAGAGUAAGCUAAUGUAUAAUAAGCACGUUAAAAAAGCUUGCACACAAAUAUCGCAUAUGCUUUAUACCAUUAGGAGUACGGCAAAACUAUUUUUGUCCUACCCUCGAACUCCAUGCGAAUUUUCACUGAGAUUAAGAUACAGGCAGUACUGCUUUGUAACACGUUUGGCAUUUUGUCGGAAAGCGCUCGUAUUUUUAACUAGAUAUUAUUUUGGGCAGCGCAAGUUCGUAUCAAAUUCAUUAUCACCAAGACGAAAAUAAUUCUGCCGUGCUGCCUUGGUGUGUCCUAUAUGUCUUGUGUAACAAACUACUCUGUUACUGUCGAUGCAAUAGAAGUGUUGAUAAAAUAUUGCACCAAUUCCUUUCCUCAAGUUGAUCAAUUCAUUUGAUAGAAAAUUGAUCAACUUCCUGUUUACUGGCAUGCUUGUUCCCAAUUGGUCAAUCAUUCACUGAAACGCAAAGCCAUUGGUUGAUUCAAACACACAGGAAGUUGAUCAAUUUUUCAACGAAUGAAUUGAUCAGUUCUAAGUAAUGAAUUGAUGCGAUAUUUUAUCAACACUUCCAUUGCAACGACGGUAAAAUGUCAUGUAAAUAUGAAUGUUGGAGUCUACAAUAUAUUUAAGAGCUUUAUAGAUUUGCCCACGAGUACGACUAAUAGAAAUAAAAUAUAUCUAUCUUUUCUAUGGUACCACCAUGGGUACAAGUUUCGCCAGCUUGCUACAGUCUGACACGGCAAAAUAUAGCGCAAGACCGCGUUUUGUUUGCCAAAACCACAGAAGUAUUUCUUUUACACUUAUCCAGUUUUCUUUGACACAUGAAUGAAUUUUUCCUUGUCCAAAAGCCGGCAUGAUUAGCUUUGGAACACGGCUCCUUGGCACAGAAAAUGUCAAUUUUUUGCCGCACACACCAGCAAAUAAAACUUAUCAAGGAAAACCCUUUUCCUCAGACCUUACUAGACGUACUCGCAGUUAAUUCUAAAAUUUAUUUUGUGAAUUGCAUGGCCAACUGAUUUUGCAAAAUAUCGCAACUUCUAAAUGGAUUUACAAGCAUGCACAUUGUGUUGAACGCUGACCGCUAUGUUGGGUUGAAAAUUUCAUGGUGAAAAAACCUUACUGUUGUCUGCACAAAAGAAACUUAUAUAAAAUAAAGUCUUUAUAUUUCCAGAAACUCUAGAUUUAGUGAUAGAGAUAAGAAAAGUUCAAAUUACUGAUGUAAAAAAAUGAUUCUAUUGUAAAAAUGAUAAAAAAAUACAACAAAAACGACUUUGUCUUUGCGUU